AUGCGCGCUGGCUUCUUCCUCGCUGGAGUUGCGCUUCUGGGCGCGGCAUCUGCACACGCUGCGACACUCACCUGGGACUGCACUCGGGUCCCCAACAUCUGCUCAAACGACUGCUACGCCAUCCAGUGUGCGGGCAAGCCGACUACGCUGCACCGCGACUCUGCCAACGCCUCGAUCAACCGCGCCAACACGGCGUGCAAGUCGCCCAACCGCUGUGCCAACAAUCCCACAGACUCGAACUCGUGCGAUGAAUACCCCUACGCCUCGUCGCAGGAGGGCGGCGCUGGUAGUGUGACGCGCUGUGUGCCGUCGACCGAGAACUCGCGCCAGGGUGGGACGCUCAGCAUCUUCUACACCGCCAACUCGAUCGUCGAUGGCGACGCGUACAAUGUCGCCUUCGCCUCCACGUCCGGCCUGCAGUACUGCGGUGGUUCGUGCACGAAUACCGGCAAUGAGCUUAUUAAGAGAUCGCCGGUGGUUGGAACACAGCACCGCCCGAGGAGGUUCCUCACCGACGAGGGCCACCAGCUUACCAUGUUCGAACGCGUGGAUAGCCCCGGCUCGCUCGAUAGCCUGGUGGGAACGCAGACCUGGCUCGCAUUCGAGGAGCGCAACGUCACCAUCGUCAGCGUUGUCCCCGACGAAGAGUAG